UACAGUGUGUGUUUUCACUACAGCAAUUAGAGGGCUCUGUAGUGCUGCGCAAUAAGCAGAACUAUACUAAAGCAUGCGUGAACACUGCUGUGGUUAAUGGUUGUUUAUAGUGGUGGUAGGUUAGUUAAUUCGUGUUAUAUUACAUAAUUUAGGUAAAACUGUCAAAAAAGAAUGUAUUUUAAAUGUUGUUUUAAUUAAUAUGGAGUUAGAAAUAUUAUACACUUUAUAUCAAACGUUAAUAUGUCUAUCGUGUUAAUAAUGUAUGCCUGUAACCGGUAAACCAUUCAAACCUCUCCCACCGAAAUUAUACUAUAGUUAUUUGUAUGUAAGUGCGUGUGUGUGGAACUGCAGCGUUGGACGAAUGUUGCAUGAAGCACAAUAAGUCUUUCAUAACAAAAAAAAAAUCACAAAAGCGAGUAAGCGACACAACAUCGAACAUGCAGACUGAGCGAGGUUGACUGGGAAUCAUCUACUAGGUUCAAGAGCAACAUCUGAAGCGACUGCAAAGUGUUACAUAAUUCCCGGAUCAUAGUCCACGGGAGCGGGUCCUUGGCCAGUCAGACCGACAGAAACAAAGCGAGAAGCGGAUUCCUUAUACUGCAGUGCAAUCGAUCGAAACAGUAACGAUUGUGAAGAACAGGUGCAGUGUGAGAAACGUCCUCUGACAGCGGGAGAGAUGGCUGAGAUGAUGGCCAGGCGCAUCGAGGAGCUGCAGACCCCAGCCUUCGUGGUGGACCUGCCGAAGGUGCAGAACAAUGCUGCCGCGAUGAUCGAGCGCUUCAGGAACACGGGGGUCCGACUGCGCCCCCACAUGAAAACUCACAAAACUGUGGAAUGUGCUGACAUCAUGACGGGGGGCUCUCGCCGCUGCAUUGUCGUGUCCACGCUGGCUGAAGCGUUCUUCUAUGCGGAGCACGGCUUCGAUGACAUCCUGUACGCGUACCCACUGCCCGUCGAUAAGCUGGCGCGUUGCGCGGAGCUGGCACAGAGACUCGCUCUCUUCCACGUGCUGGUGGACAGUGUCGCCGCCCUGCAGGAGCUCCGCAACACACCCCUGACCGGAGGCAAGCUGUGGAGCGUCUGGCUGAAACUGGACUGCGAGAACAAACGCGCUGGAGUUCCUCACGAUGACCCCGCAGCUCUUGAUCUAGCGAAGGCCAUAUCUGAGAGCCCGGGCGUGGAGCUGACUGGGGUGUACGCACACUGCGGGAACAGCUAUGACUGCACAGGACUGGAGGAGAUCCACGCCGUGGCACAGGCCACAACUACAGCUACUCUGCGCUUCAUGGACAAGUUGAAAGCGGCUGGUAUUUCUUGUCCUGUGUCCAGUAUUGGUUCCACUCCCUCCUGCAGUCACCCCGUCACAGACAUGGCCUUGCUGAGUGAGGUGCAUCCUGGGAACUAUGUCUUCUACGAUGUCCAGCAGUCUCUGAUCGGUUCCUGCAGGCUGGAGGACGUGGCAGUCCGAGUGCUGACCCGGGUGAUUGGUCACUACCCUCACCGGAACCAACUCCUGGUGGACUGCGGCUGGACCGGGCUCAGCUUGCACAGUCUGGGGCGCCUGGACACUGGGUAUGCAGUGAUCGACGGGCACCCAGAACUCAGGCUGAUCGGGAUGACCCAGGAGCACGGCCGGAUCGAGCCAGUCUCGGGACAACUGGAAUUUGAGAAGUUCCCUCUGGGUUCCAUGCUGGCGAUCAUUCCCUACCACUCCUGUGCUACAGCGGCCAUGCACCCAGUCUACUUCGUGCACUCGAAUGGAGAAAUUGAGGCCACUUGGAAACCCACUCGAGGCUGGUAAACCAGCUCAGAACACAGCCAGGCCGGGGACACCACCACGAAAAGAGCACCAGCAGUAUUGUAGUGAUCUAAACAGUAGCAGAUCUUACAGGUAGAAUGAAUAGGGUGCACACAAUUAAAUCAUUCUUUCACUGACCUGGAAUUCAUGGUAUUUGGUUUCCAGUUCUUGUUUCUGUCUUUUAUCCUUGAAACUUAUUUUUAACACGUAUGAGCUCAGCAAGGUUCAAGACCAUUACAAGGUGCUUCUAGUUCUUCUUUUUGCUAGGAACCUGGCUGCUAUUAAACUCCUUAUGGCUGGCUUUAACCAA